GACAAGUGCUGACAGGCACACAGACGACAUGGAGCCACAAACACACACACAUUAACACUGGCAGUGAGACAUCUGCAGAGAAGCACGCUCAACAAACAACAGGGCGUGCGAUGGAGGCGUUCAGCUCCAAGGACAUGGCCAUGAAGGCCCAGAAGAAGAUCCUGAGUCACAUGGCCAGUAAGUCCAUGGUUCACAUGUUCAUCGACGACAACAGCAGCGACGUUUUGGACGAGCUAUACCGCGUCUCGAAAGAGCACACAGGAAACCGCACAGAGGCGCAGAAGGUGGUGAAGAACAUGAUCAAAAUCGCUGUGAAGGUUGGCGUUCUGUUCCGACAUGAGAAGUUCAGUCCAGAAGAGCUGAGUCUCGCACAAGACUUCAGGAAAAAGCUCCAUCAUGGAGCCAUGACGGCCAUCAGCUUCCAAGAGGUGGAGUUCACGUUUGAUAAGACUGUAAUGACGGAGCUGCUGUCUGAAUGUCGUGAUUUAAUGCUGAAGCUGGUGGAGAAGCACCUGACGGGGAAGUCUCUGGACCGCAUCAGACACGUGUUUAAUCAUUACUCUGACCCCGAGCUCCUCACACACCUGUACGACCCAUGAGGCGCUCAAAGAUAACCUCACAAAGAUCUGCGAUGGACUCAACCUGUAUGAUAGAGGAGGGCAAACUCUGAGCGGAGGGUCACAGAUGAACCGUCGGUCAGAUCUGCUGCAGAAAGACUGAAGAUCAAAGACACUCUGAUGAGGCGUUCAUGUUGUAUUAAUGUAACAUUAUUUUAAAGUUAAACAGUAUUAAACUUACAGUUGUUUCAUUGCUUUCAGUGAUGACUGUUUCAACACAGGUUUCAUUGGUCAAAACAGACUUUCUAAUGUACUCAAGUAUUAAGACCAAAACUGAACAAGUGCUUUGACAUGUACAGACAGAUCAUACGUGUUCGUGUUGAUCAUUUAUUAAUAAUGUUGCAUAUACUGCAAUCGGUAAAAUCAUCAACCAGAUCAAAUAUCCUUGAGUCAUAUGUCGUUGGAAAGCUCUUAAAGAGUAGAAUACAACCAGACUAUUUGUUUUACUCACAGACAAAC